AUGGUUUCCGAUUUGGAUCUCGUGACCCGACUCCGAGAAAUUCUCCGUAUCUCCGACUUAGAUACGGCGACUCCGGCAAGCGUCCGUCGUCAGUUAGAAGAGGAUUUCAGUGUCGACUUGACGGAUAAAAAGGGCUUCAUCAGGGAUCAAAUCGAUGCUAUUCUCAAGAGCAAUGCCGGAAUAGAAGACAUUCCAGAGAGCCCUAGGACAGAAGAACGGAUUGCGAUGGACGGUAUUGUUAGGAUUGCGAUAGAAGGUGCUGUUGGUCGACAUCCGGUGAAAGACUUAUUCUCAUCUAUUACUGUACUUUACUUGCAUCUGUACACUUACGUGAAGAGAGGUUACAUAUGGAUGCUAGCUGUUCCAACUGAUCGUUUAUCAAAUCCUGAUAUUCGUGAGGACGAUGACUUCAUGCUUGGAUUUUUAAGUUGUACAUGUGGAUCAGUAGUUAAGUUCAGUGUCAAGUUUGGGACGGGGUUUGUCGAAAUUGUUGCUUAG